AUGGUACUCAAAGGUUUGAAACAGCAAAAUACUCAUACUAACGAUGAGUUUUUAGCACUGCGCUUGAUCGAUGAAGAUGAACAACAGUUACCACAAACAAAUCAACGGCUAUUAAAAAAUGGUGGUACUGGUAGUAUUUCACCAAUAUUACCUAAUUUUCUCCAAAAAAUAGAUGAUAAACGAAUUGAAAUCGUUGAUAAACAAGAGCAACGGGAGAAAACAUAUGUUUUUGACAAGGUGUAUUCAGCUAAAGAUGAUUCUUUUCAUGUUACUGAAGAUUUUGGAAAAUAUAUGAAACAAUCAUUUGCAGAAGUAGGUAUUAAUGAAGAUUUUAUCGUCUGA